CAGAGCAUAACAAUAGCAUUCCAGAGCAUAACAAUAGCAUUCCAGAGCAGUAAUCCUCAAUCGAUUGAGGAUUAAUCCUCCCUAUGAGCACAAUGCAUUCCAGAGCACAAUAGCAUUCCUGAGCACACCUCCCUAUGAGCACAAUAGCAUUCCUGAGCACAACAAUAGACAUUCCAGAGUAUUCAUACUCAAAGCAUUCAAUCUAUUGACGUUGUAACGAAUAAACAUUCCAGAGGAGAGUCAAAGCAUUCAAUAGAAUACAAUAACAUUCCAGAAGACAUGAAUAAGCAUUCCACAGGGCAUUAAAGCUUCUUAAGCAUUCAAUCUAUUGAUGUCACGGGUGAACAAACAUUCCACGAGUAGAAUAAAGCAUUCCACAGAAUACAUUAAACAUUCCAUAGCUCUCUGAAAAUCAUUUCAACCCUGGCGAACGAACAUUCCUCAGUUAGAAUAAAAUAUUCCACUGAUGUAGAGUAUUAACCAACCAAACUGCAUGUGUACCACUCUACAUCCAAUCAGUGCUUACAUGCUCUACACAAUCCCACCAUAUACCUUUUAGUAUUAGACAUUUCAAAUCAGUUUCAUCGUCAUUAUCGAGUGAACAAGUUUCAGAAACACACCUCUGCUUGCAAUUCAUAUGGCACAGAAGAUGUUUCACCUUCAACAUGUGGACUUUUCAACAGACCAGCUGCUCUCGAGUACGUUUCAAGAAAUGAAGGAUAUUCUUAACACUCAGCUUCAUUUGCACGAAACGAUGAUGCGAACAAGUGAGUUGUAUAAAACCACAUACACAGAGAUGUUCCAGAGAAUGAAGACUCUAGAACAGAAAUUCCCCUCGCUAUCGCCAGCUCUCAUGAGCUUGAUGUUGGAUUAUUCAAAAAUCUCUGCCACCACUCAGGAUAGUAAUUCAAGUAACAGAAAACGUCAGUCACCCAACAAGCGUGUUGCUAAAGCUAAGAAGCCAAGGAAAGUGAAGGAACAGAAAAGUGGCCAGAAGCAGAAGUCUCAAAAGAAGAAAUCCACUCCUCCUAUACAACCAAAGAACCUGGGAGAAGAUACUGAAGCAGUGUCAACUCCAUCCCUCACAACCCGACCCAUAACACCUACCACAGAACCUACUAUAGACGACUGGUGGUUGGAUUACACUCAUCUCAUGGAGGACAUAGAACAGCAAGAGAAACAAACCACAGACAUAACAGCUGUUGAUUCAUCCAGUGGAAUCAUGGAAGAUCUCUAUCAGGAAGAGAAACUUACUCCUCUUCAGAAAAGUUGCAGUGUAUGUCGUCACAACAAUAAGUUGCGUUACAUCAGUUGUAAUAGUGGACAAAUUCAGUGUCAUGUGUGUUGUAUGGAUCUCAUGAACUGUAUGUGCUACUAUGAUGAAGGCGGCAUGAUGAAAGACAUGGUAUCGCAGGACUUUGAAGGUCAUAUCCUAUCAGUGUAAAUACAGAAGUGCUUUCAUCAUGCUCUGUAACA